UGGGGGAGAAAACCACGAUUAGGCCAUGGAUGUGAGAGGGAGCCCCGGGUUGGAGAGGGGGGCUACAGGCCUCCAAAGUCAGUGGCGGAGGGAGAAGCGGAUGCCGGCCUCCCUCCUCUUCUCGCCCUCCUCCGGCCCCCUGGAGCCUAUUGCUCCUCUUUUCCUGCUUGCUCCCCCUACCCUUUCUGCCGUGACUAUCCGGAGAAGCGGCUCGGGCGGUCAAGGCGGAAUUAGAUUGUCCGGCAUUGUGAAGUCACUCGGGGCAGAGAGGCGGGGAGGGAGGUUGCUGGCGCGCUCCGCCCGGGGGAAGCGGCCCGAGCUCGGGGCUGAUUCCCGGCUUCCUUCCUGCAGGAAUGUAGGGUUGUUAGAGGGGGCGGGGGAUCAAGCUCUGUGCACCGGGACUCGCUUCCCCCAAGGGGCUUCUCGCUGGGUGCAUCAGCCACAUUGUUCUGCCUCCUCCGUGAUGUCUAAAGACAGAGGGAAGAAAGCCCUAUUGGUGUGCUUAAAAUCGCAGCCUUACUUAAGAGGGGGAAAGGCCGCUAAAUAAGCUACACCUUACUACUUUACAGUGCAAUCCAGUGCAUGUCUACUCAGAAGUAAGGUCCAUUGGAUUAAUGGGACUUACUGCAAGCUCUGCUGGAACUGGAUGAAGAAAAAGAAUGGAUAUGGGUAACCAACAUCCUUCCAUUAAAAGGCUACAAGAAAUACAGAAAGAAGUUAAAGAAUUUGAAUCACAAGUAAUAGCCUUCAGUGGUUUGUCCAAUGACAGAGCUUACAAGAAACUAGAGAGGGCUUUAACUAAGCAACUUUUUGAAAUUGAUUCUGUGGAUGCUGAAGGCAGAGGUGAUGUUCAACAAGCCAGGAAGAGGGCUGCCCAGGAAGCUGAAAAACUGCUGAAGGACCUGGAGCAGAAUGCAAACCACCCUCAAAGGUUGGAGAUUGAGUCCAUAUUUAGUGAAGCACAAUCAUUGGUGGAACAAGAAAUCACAACUUUUUACAAAGGAGGCAACUGUGUAACUGAGGAAUUCGAAGAAGGUAUUCAGGAUGUCAUCUUUAGGCUCACUCAGGUGAAAACUGGAGGGAAAAUCUCUCUACGGAAAGCUAGAUACCGCACUCUGACCAAAGUAUGUGCUGUUCAAGAAAUUAUAGACAGUUGUACAAAGCAACAGCCUUCCCUGCCAUUGUCCAGUGAUGCACAUCCUUCUGUUUCCAAGAUUAAUUCUGUCAUGGUUGAUGUGAACAAAGCGAGAGGAACCCUUAUUGCUGUUUUAAUGGGAGUAAACAAUAAUGAGACUUGUAGACAUUUGUCUUGUGUGCUCACUGGCCUGAUUGCCGAUCUGGAUGCUUUAGAUGUAUGUGGUCACCCAGAAAUAAGAAACUACCGUAAAGAAGUUGUGGAGGAGAUCAACAGACUGCAGAAAUACUUGGAUCUCGAGGAAGAAGCUGAUACCACUUAUGCUUAUGACUUGGCACAAAACAGGUGCAUUAUAAAAAUAGAAGAAAUCCGCAAGAAGAUGAAAGAGGUUCAUGUCUCCCUUUUAAAAGUGGAGCGAGCUUCAGAUUUAUACCUAAGGUCAAAAGCAGAACUGCAGGGGUUAAUUGCACAGUUGGAUGAAGUGAGUCCAGGCAAAAAUCCAUGCAUCCGAGAAGCCAGGAGGCGAGCAGUGAUAGAAGUACAGACACUCAUAACAUAUAUUGACUUAAAGGAGGCACUUGUCAAACGACAAAUGUUUGUAGAGCAAACGGAAGCGGAACCUGCAUCGCACGAAGCAGUUUGGAAUAUUCUUGGAAAUGUGUCCCAAAUUCAGCAAGAGGUGUUGUCUUUUGAUGGAAACAGAACUGAUAAGAACUACAUGAGACUGGAAGAACUUCUCACCAAACAGCUUCUAGCCCUUGAUGCUAUAGACCCACAAGGAGACGAGCACUCAAAAGCAGCCAGGAAACAGGCAGUGAAGCUUGCACAGAAUAUUCUUUACUACUUAGACAUGAAAACAGAUGAAUGGGAAUAUUAAAUAACAGAGGUCUUGUGCUGGACAUUGCUUUUAAUCUUGCACUUUACACCAUCCAGUCACCCACAGACAACACAAGCCCAAAAGUUGCAUUAUUUACUCAUCUGUUAGAGGCCUAGUGAAUGUUGGACUGGGCUAUGCUGCAGCUGUCUCGUGUUGUUGCAGUCAGGCAAUGACAGCAAUCCAUAUGCCAUUUGUCUUACAGUUUUAGGCACAGCCAUCUUUUUUUCCUGGAAUGUGUAGCUCAAGCGAUUUGUGACGAAGAGUUGCAGAACUGCCAAACCAUCCCGUAUGCAAUUCUUCUACACUGUAAGAGAAUGCAAUCUGUCUAUCCUGUUUUCUUAAAGGAGUCGAAACAAAACUAAUGAAGAGAAGACCCGGAGCUAAUGUCUGUUAGCCCUAAACCAACCUAGAAGUCAAUUUUUUCUGACACAGCACAGUUGCAAUCCAAAGGAUUAAAUGCAAAUUGCUCAUGGCUCUUUUUUGGUGCAUUUGAUUUAGUCUCGCUAAUCUGUCACCUAAGGUUUGGCUUGAUUACAUGCGGUUUUUAAUAGUUUGGGUCUAAUAUUAUACGGCUGUAUGUGGUAAGUUUUGGCGUAUAGGCAUAAACAGCAAGCUACAUUCUAAAGUGAUAUACUGAUUCAGAUAGGAGUAGAUAGUCUGCAGCUAGACUGAUUCUGAUUGGUCAUUCUGAAAGAAGUUUUCCUUUUAUAAACCAGGGCUGCACCAGAAGAAAGGAAUGGUGAGGCUUUAAAGACAGAAGUCAUAGCAUAGGUUGAAAAAUAGAUUUCUUAAGAAUUAAACUAUGUUUUUCAGUAGUCAAGAGACACCCUUCCCCACCCCCAGAACAGGGCCCUUCAUGGUUGUGGAGCCACCUUAGCAUAAUUUUGUGGUAUCUAAAAUCACUUGCUUCCUGUCACACUGGGCAGUUUCUCAAUUAUUCUUUGCAUUUUUCCAGAAUUCUUGCUGUUUUUGACUUAAUAGAAAACUAAGUGCUUUUUAUACAAGAACUUGGCCUGGAACCAUUGGUGUUUUUCAAGGUUUUGUGUGUUUCUUGUAUACCCCAGACCAUUUUGAGUUUAGUCCCUUUGAAUUGUUUUGUUCCAGUGAGCUAUGAAAAUACCCUUAGCUAUGUGUGAUGGCAGCAUGCACAUACAUGCCUUAGAUGUGCUUAGUCUAUUCUUCUUAGUUUUUUUAGCCUUUCAAUUAAUUGGAACAGCGAACAGUUCAAAGUGUUUUGUUUUGGUUGAAACAUAGUUGUCAGUCGUGUUAGCUGUGUUGAGUUAGUUGCAUGUAUCGCUCCUUAAUAGAUUCUUAUAUCUUCCUUUCUUUCCCCCAAACUUACUGCAUCCUUAUUGCUUCCCCCAUCCUUAGCGAAUCCUUACAGCUUAUUAACUGUCAGACCAUAUUGUGUCUGACCGUAUUCUUAAAGCUUUCCUGUUUGUAGUUUCAGGAAGGUAAAAACCAGCACCAAUCAUAGUAUUUUUAGUUUCUCACACAGGUUCUAUCUUCAAAAUUAUUGGCUUAUGGAAGAUUAUUUCUUUGAAAUGGCUUUAUAAAUGUAGCCACAUCCUGAUCUUGGAUUUGUGUUUGUAGGAGUUUUAAAUAGCAAUUAAAAGGAGCAAGGCUAUCCCUAGGAGACGUGCCUUUUAAGUGACACUUGAAUUUACAGCACCUUAUAGCUAUGACUGUCGCCGCAUCAUGCUGCUGCUUUGCAGUGAAGUGUCCUCUGUACCAUCUGGAUUACAUCCACCCUUCAGCUCUAAUAGGGAUCAGAAAUAUUCUACCGUAUUUGCUGGACAAAACGCUUGUUCAAACCUUGGUGUUAUCUUUUUGUGUGUGUUUAUAGUCACUUGCUUAGCAAACCUUUGCCAAGGAAAUUUAUGGAUUCAGUUUUGGUCCAGGUUAAAUAGAACCCAAUCCUAAACAAUAGACUUCUUCGACACUUUGCCAUGAAUGCCUUUCCUUUGUCCUUUUCUGCUGAUUCUGAAAUAUUACUUUUACCUUAUUGUGUUGUUCCCGUUUGUAUCCUUAAUGAAUUGGUUAACAACUAUAACUAAAAGUGUUUCACUUUCAGUAGGUCGUAAAGGCUUUGAGCCAAAGCUAUAUGUGCAUGCCUAUAGAGUUCCCAUGUGACUUGGAUUUCCCAAGUCACUUAAUUUUCAAACGUGUGUUUUUCCCAUUCUGUUUUGCAUACUCUACUGCCCUUGCUUCAAACUCGGUGAGGAAGCCAUUGUUCAUGUGAUAACUUCCAUGCAUGGAGCUCUCACAGUGAACAAGGAGCUCCUGGAUCAGACUGCAGAUCUAAUGUUUAUUUUAGGAUGUGACAACUAAACAGUGCUGUUAAUAUGUUGCAGUAACAGAUCCAUGGUGCUUAUUUUUUUCCAGUGAUCUCAUCUUUUGUUUUUAUGUAAGCCUAUUUAAAUGUUCAUAUAUUUUAUGCCAGGGGGAUGCGGCUCUUACAAUUUUAGAAAGACUCCCAUUAUUUAGAGGCAUUCUUAAGGUUUGCUUCUCAUAGUUGUGUAGCCUGUUGGAGCUACAGAUAAAGUACUUAAAGAUGAGUAUAAUGAAGGUGAGGAGAUAUUACAAUAGCAAUGUAUUACAAAAGCUUAACUUUCCCAGUUUUCUUUUUAAAGAAGAAUAUCUAGCUCAUAUGUUCAAAUGUGCAGCACUUAAACUUAUGUUAAGAUCUUUGGUACAGUAUAAUUAAUCAGUUUCUGCAUGAAUAAACUAGCAAACUAAAUAAGCGAAACCAAAAAGUUUGGUAUGUGGAUUGUAAGAAAUCCUUGUUUUGUGCUUUUUAGAAUGUACUUUUUGUAUUUAAUAUGCAGCCAACCGUGGAAACAUGCUACAUUUCAUUUCAGUGGGCUAAAGAUAUUACCUGCUGUUGAAUUACUCAGUGCUGGACCAACGUAAGGUCUGAAUUUCCCCCCAAGGCUUUUCUGUGGGCAGUGCCAUGACAUUGUAGCAAAAUAAACAAACUGAUAUGAUUUUGCUGAAUAUUUAAGCAUCAUGAUAUUAAUUUUUUUCAGAUUAUGAUUGUAUUGCUUUAGGAGAAGAGUCGAUGUGGGCAGCCUUGUUCUGGUAUCUUUGCCAGCAACCAUGAUAAAUUAUCUUCCCUCUGAUCUGUUGGAUUUAAGCAUUUUUUCGCUGUGAUCCACAAACUCUUGAAAUGAGUCCCAGCACUUCAGCUGCUUUUAAGUCCCAGUACUUAGUGGUACAGAUUGUGCUGUUUGUUCCUUGAUUUUCUCAACAUUUAAUUGACAUGUUAGACUGUGUAUGAAUCUUGCUUUUCAGAAAGUGUUAUAACCUUUUUUAUGUAUAGCUUUGUUUUGAUGUGUACAAAGUCAUCACAUAUUCUUAAUAAAGUAUUUUAUGCUUUCUUCUUGAUAAUUCA